CGUUUCAGAUCGGGAACGGGAAGGCCGCCGCUCCCGCCGGAGACUCCCCCAGCGAACCGCCGCUCCCUCCCCCUCCCUCCCCACCAUUUCGAAAUCAAGUUUUGGCGGCCUCCGCGCCGCGCAUCCCCCGCUCGCUCGCCUCCCCUCCGCCAUUCCAUUCCUACGCUACUUAACCGCCUCGAUCUGUUCCCCAUUUCCCCCCCUCCUCCGGUAUCCCGAGAGCCCCAAACCCUAGGAGCCCCCGCCGCCGACGAAGAUGGCCGACAAGGAGAACGCGGCCCCCGCCGCGGCGUCGGCGGCGGCCGCGGGGCCCCGGGUCACCCGGGCCGCCGCCAAGCGCGCGGCCGAGUCCGCCGCUGGCGCCGGUGGGGCGCCCCCCGCCAAGCGGAAGCGGGUCGCGCUCGGGGAGCUCCCGGCGGUCGCCGCCAACGCCGGCGUCGUCCGCGCGCCCCCGCCGCGCCCCGUCAAGCCCGCGAGGGGCGGCGGGAAGCCCGCCGCGCGGGAGGCCCGCAGGCUCGCCGGCCCCGUCCCCGCUGCCGUGGCGGAGGCCGCCGAGGCCGAGCGGUGCGGGUCCUCCUCCCCGCCGCGCGCCGCGGGGGCCGCCGGCGACCCCGACCGCGACUCCUCCGCGUCCACCUCCCCUCCCCGCGCCGCCGCGGCCGCCGAGGCCGAACCCGACCCCGACUCCUCCGCCUCCUCCUCCCCGCCGCGCGCCGCCGUGGCGGCGCCCGCCGACCCGCAGCUCUGCGGGUCCUACGCCUCCGAUAUCUACACCUACCUCCGCGCCCUGGAGGUGGAGCCGCGGCGGCGGCCGAGAUCCGACUACAUCGAGGCGGUGCAGUCGGACGUCACGGCCAACAUGCGGACCAUCCUCGUCGACUGGCUCGUCGAGGUCGCCGAGGAGUAUAAGCUCGUGGCUGACACGCUCUACCUCGCCAUCUCCUACGUCGACCGCUUCCUCUCCGCCAAUGCGCUCAGCCGUGACAGGCUGCAGCUCCUUGGCGUCGCCGCCAUGCUCAUUGCAGCGAAGUACGAAGAGAUCAGUCCGCCUCAUGCAGAGGACUUCUGCUACAUCACAGACAACACCUACACCAAGCAGGAGCUCGUCAAGAUGGAGAGCGACAUACUCAAGCUGCUCCAGUUCGAGUUGGGCAAUCCUACAAUCAAGACCUUCCUGAGGCGGUUCACGAGAUCUGCCCAUGAAGACAAGAAGCGCUCCAUCUUGUUAAUGGAGUUCUUGGGGAGUUACCUUGCUGAGCUGAGUCUGCUGGACUAUGGCUGUCUCCGUUUCUUGCCAUCAGUAGUUGCUGCUUCAGUUAUGUUUGUUGCUAGGCUGACCAUUGAUCCAGAUGUCAAUCCUUGGAACAAGAAGUUGCAGAAGGUGACAGGCUACAAGGCCUCUGAACUCAAGGAUUGCAUCAUAGCCAUACAUGACUUGCAGCUCAACAGGAAGUGUUCAUCAUUAAUGGCAAUUCGAGACAAGUACAAGCAACACAAGUUCAAAUUUGUAUCGACGCUGCUUCCUCCUGUUGUGAUCCCUGCUUCAUAUCUUGAAGACUUAGCUGAGUAGCUGGUCUUGGACCCACACCACUACAUCUCAAGCAGUGGGUUGGCUGGAUGCCUGAAAUGUGUUCCCUGUUAACUUUACAAAGUUGGCACAACUUGCUUCAGACCUGUCUGAGACCUCAGUAAAGGUGCUGCCAUAGUUCCAUGAGAUUUCAGUGAUCUUGUUCUUUCACUUAUUCUGUGUGUAUGAAGCUUCAAAACAUGCUUGCCAUUUACCCACAAUAGCCAGUGUGCAGCUCUUGCAAGAUACUUUGAUUGGUCUUUUCAGGCAAUGAGUUCAGCUAAGCUGCUUCCUUCUAUUGUCCUUGUGCUGUAAAUGGCAGCCUGGAUUCAGACGCCAUAUUUGUUCUGAUAAGUUCAUGUGUAUCGCUUAAACUAAAGUUGGAUGGACAUAAAACUGUUAUACAGUUCGUUCCUAACUUUGUAUU